CCCGACAAAGGACAUCCCUGGGAUGUCCUAGUAUAAAAUCAGGGACGUCCAUGGGAAGUCCCUAGGAUGUACUGGUGUUGUUAGGGUUAUAAUCAGUGUUUCCGUGUUUUUUGUUUCAGAGGGCGUGACGCCGUGGCCAGGGAAGAGCCGCCGCUCGGGGGGCAGAUAGCGGCGCGGGAGGCAGCCCGCCGGCGGCCCUCGGCCUCGCGGCCAGGCUCCAGCAUGAGGCGCGCUAGAGGAUGAAGAAGCAAAACGUCCGCACCUUGUCGCUGAUCGUGUGCACCUUCACCUACCUGCUCAUCGGCGCUGCCGUCUUCGACGCCUUGGAGUCCAACACCGAGAACCAACGGAAACUCGUACUGCAAGAAAUUCAGGCGAUAGUUAGACGCAAGUACAACAUAACCAGCGAGGACUUCCGCAUCAUGGAGACGAUCGUGCAAAAAUCAGAGCCGCACAGGGCCGGCCAGCAGUGGAAAUUCACGGGCGCCUUCUACUACGCCACCACCGUGCUGACGACCAUCGGGUACGGCCACUCCACCCCUAGCACCGUCUCUGGCAAGCUUUUCACCAUGUGCUACGCCAUCAUAGGCAUUCCGCUGGGUCUGGUCAUGUUCCAGAGUAUCGGCGAGAGAGUCAACAGGCUCAGCAGCGUGAUAAUCCGUUCGGUGAAAUCCUCUCUGCACUGCCGGCAGACGACGGCUUCCGAGCUCGACCUCAUCUGCGUUGUGACGUUCCUCAGCUCGUUAACGAUAGCUGGUGGGGCAGCGGCCUUUUCCCGCUACGAGGGCUGGACCUACUUCGACUCGGUCUACUACUGUUUCAUCACGCUCACCACCAUCGGGUUCGGGGAUAUGGUGGCACUCCAGAAGGACAAUGCCCUGAGCCAGAAGCCGGAAUACGUGAUGUUCGCGCUGAUUUUCAUCUUGUUCGGCCUGGCGAUUGUAGCGGCCUCUCUGAACUUGCUGGUCCUGCGUUUCGUUACGAUGAAUACCGAGGACGAGAGACGGGACGAGGCACAAGCUAUGCAGGCGUUGGCUGGGGCAGUGAGAUUAGAAGGUGACGUCAUAACGGCCAACGGCUCUAUCCUAAGCGGUCAAUUAGGACAUCACUGUACAGAAACGACAUCAUUAGAUCCCGAUGAUACCUCAGUGUGUUCUUGUCCAUGUGGAUGUUUGCCUACAAAUAGCAGGCAUAGGUCAGUACCUCGAUUUACUGUUCGAAGGUCGCCGACCCAAAUUCGGCAUCUGCUUCCAGUGUUGCCGAUGCACGAGCUCCAUCUACCCCAGGGUCCCGUGGUGCCUCCACCGGCAAUAUACCCCAAUCACAGGGCUUCGAUAUGAAUAUGCGAGCCGCGUUUCGAAGAUGUGAUAACGAUGGCUGCGGACCGCAAACAAUCGAACUUUGCAAUUUGAGUAUAGUAGUUUUUAUAUCAUCGAUGUAUUACGAUAUAAAAAAAGGUUGUUUUCUCGACGAGGUUGUCCUUGUGGAAAUUUUUUAACAGAUAUCAG